GGAUGCACCUAGUCGCCACCCAAACAGCCUUGGGCGGGAACGUAGUCAAAUCGCGAUAUUCUGGUACGAGCCAAAAAAUUUUGCACGAGCGGCCAAAUUUCCGCCCAGGUGGCCUUCACUCCGAGUUGUUUGGCGGAGGACACUCGUUGCUUGUAAGCUUAUACACACAUACCUAGCUACAAAUGCGACUGCAGCAACCGAACCUGGACCCCAACACGCUUGGGAAGUGGAUACCUCGCGCUUAGUAGCUAGCAGACACCGCAAAGAGUCGCUGGAACCUCAGGAGCUUUGAUUUGGAUUAUUCAAGUUGGAGCGCCGGCCUUUGGGUGAGUGCGCGCGUCUCCGGACAACAAUCCAGCAUUUGGUCGGGGUCGGGGACCUGGGCGCGCGACUUCCGCGGGUGUCGCUUACAGCUACCGAAUCAGUUUUGAACGCGAUAUUAUGGAGCUGGGGACGGGAUUGCCUCGAUGACUGCUCACGAGGCCGAAUGCCGCCGCGGUGCCAGGACUUCUCGGCACAGCUAUCAGGAUUGGCGGACCCGGGUGUAAAGGGGCCGCAGGCCCCUGCGUCAGGACAAGAACGGAGAACGCACAGCAGCCCUCAGGGCCCGGCGGCCGCCGCAAAGGCCGCCGCCGUGGCGCCAGUCGGGAGUGAGGCUGCCGCCGGUAGUUGCGGCGGUGGCAAGGGCUCUGGUGCGCCGGCGGCAGGGGCUGAGACAGGCCCCUCCUGCCCAGGCGGUGACCAGGGGUCAGAGGGCACAGCAGCAAGAGCGGCAGCUGCUGACGGCGACCCGCUAGCUGCACCCAAAGCAGCUCAGCAGCAGCAACAGCAGCCGAGAAGCCCGGCUAUUACAGCAGGCGUUCCCGGCGCGGGCACCAGCACUGCCAGCCUGCCUGCCAGUCGCGCCGCGAGAGUGCACGGAGUUGCGGCGGGUGUGGCUCGGCCCGCGGCUGUGGUGCCCACGGGGAGUGGGAUCACUGGUACAGCCGCGGACGUACGACGGCCACAUCCCUAUCACAACCACCCCAACCACCACGGGAGGGACAUGACCAACGGUGACAACGGCAACAGCGCACACGGAACGAACGAUGGAAGCGGAAGCGGAAGCGGGAAUGGAGACAGCAUCAACAACAACAGCGGCGGCGGCGUUGCCAACGCAGCAGCUGGCGGCCCCGCCGCUCCUGCUCCCGCCUCUGGCGCAGCCGGCGGCACAAACGUGCCGCACAGCCACCACCACCACCACAGCCACCAUUACCAUAGCCACCAUCACAGUACAGAGCUGGCACACGAGGGCAGCACUAGCACCGGGGCGCCGGCGCCGCCCGGCCUGGCGCCGCUGACACGUGGCAACGACCGAGCGUCAUCCGCCUUUACUGCUUACGUCCGGCGUGUGCCUUACGCCGCCACUGGUGCAGAUGCCGUGUCCGCACACGGCGCUGAGCCCGCUGCCAACACACCCAACGCCUCUGGUGGCAACGGCAACGAGAAUGGCAGCGGCAGCGCUCAUGGCAGUGCGCACGGCAGCGGCCACGCCAGCGGCCAUGGCAGCGGCAGCAACGGCAAUGGCGCGGGCGCCGGCACCGGCAGCAGCGGCAACGGCAACAGCAGCAGCGGCGGCCAGCCGACCACCACCACCACCACGACCACCAACGGGCGCCACCACAGCAACGGUGGCGGCGGCAACUCCAACGGUAACGGCAGCCAUGGCCAAGGCCCCACCGCGGCCUCCGCCCUCGUGGGCUCAGCAUCGUCCCGUCGGAUGGGCACACCGCACCAAAGAUGCGACGGAGGGCCCCGAGAGCACAACAGCCUCGACCGAAACGACAGUGGCAGCAACGGCAACGGCAACGGCAACGGCAGUAGCUCGGAGCGCGGCCCUGCCUGCGGCAGUAGCAAGCACGCUGGCAGCCACGGCCACGCCGCCCCGCCCCCGCCGCCGACGGCAAUCGGCCACGCCGGCGCGGGUCCGCAUCUUGCGUCCCAGCACCAGCAGCAUCGCACGUCACACGCACAGCUGCCGGGUGGCGGCCGGCUGGCUGGCUCCACGUGUAGUGGCGGCGGCGGGGGCGUUGGCGCUGGCUGUGGCGUCAGCAACCGUUUAGGAGAGUUUGUUGCAGCAGCAGCAGCCGCGGCCGUCGGUAACGCGGGCAGCGGUGGCAAUUCUGGUUCCGGCUCCGGCUCUGGCUCCGGCUCCGGCUCCGGCUCCGGUUCUGGCUCGGGCUCCGCCUCUCCCUGCACCCUGCUCAAGACGGAACAAGAAGAGGGCGCGGCAGCUGGACCCGACAUCGGCCUCGAUGGCGGCGCCGACGCCGACGCCGCACGUGCUGAAGGCGCCGCCGACGGCACAGACAUCGACAUGGACGACGCUGACGGCGACGGCGACGGCGACGGCGACGGCGACGGCGACGGCGACGGCGACGGCGACGGCGACGGCGACGCUGACGCUGACGGCGACGGUGACGGUGACGGCGACGGCGAGGCCGACGCUGAGGCCGACAUGGAUGACGGCAUGAUUCCAUACGACGCCAAGCCGCUAGAGUUGGCUAUGCUGGCGGCUGGCACCACCGCCAGUGGCGGCGCGGAUCGCGGCGGCGGCGGCGGUGGCGGCGGCUUUGGUGGCGGCGCAGCUGGCGCACCGCCGGCGAGCCUGAGCAACCAACAGGCGGCGGCCGCAAUGCUGGAGCUGGCGACGGGGGGCGGCGGCAGCAGCAGCGCAGGUGUCGGUACCGGUGUUGGUGUCGGCAGCAGCAGCGGUCGGCUGGGGAGCGCUGGGGGCCUCAGCGGCCUCCUGCUCGCAGUCGGCGGCGGCGGCAGCGGCGGCACCGGUGGCAUGAUGCCGGUUCAGCUGCUGCAGAUGCUGACCUCGACCCCGGGCGGUCUGGCGCUGCUGACGCCGUCACAGCUGUCGGAGCUAGUAGUGCUGGUUGCCUCCGGCGGCAGUGGCAGCGGCGGAAGCGGCGGCGGUCCUGGCCCACAGCAGGGCCCGGCCGCGACCGCCGUCCUCGCGUCUCCUGAGCUGCAGCUGCAGCAGCUACUGCAGCAGCAGCAACAGCAGCAUCAGCAACAACAGCUACAGCUGCUGCUACAGCUGCAGCAGGUAAUGAACGGCGGCGGGCCGUUGGGCCCGGGCGGGCUGGGUCCGGGCGCGGCCGCUGCGCUGGUGGGACCCGGCAGCCUUCCCGGUCUUGCCGGCUUGGGCGGGCUGCUAGGCAAUCCGCUGGCGAGCCUAGGCGGCCUGGGAGGCCUCACUGCGCUAAGUGGGCUAGGUAGCCUAGCUAGCGGGCUUGCCGGAGGCGGGCUGGGCGGCUUCGCCGGCGGCGCCCUUGGCGGCGGCGGCGUGCUGGGUCAGGCGCUGGGGCUGCUCGGGCCGCAUCCGCUGACGGCGGCUGCAGCCGGCGGCGGCGCUGGCGGCGGCGCAGGCGGCAGCAGCUCCGGUGGUGUCUUGGCGAGCCUGCUUGGCGGUGCCGGGCCUACUGCUGGCGGCGGCGGCCUUGGCGGCGCCAGCAGCGGCAGCGCUACAGCCGCGCUCGCGGCGGCGGUUGCUGCGCAGCAGCAACAGCAACAGCAACAGCAACAGCAACAACAGCAGCAACAGCUGCUGAUGCUACAACAGAGCUCGCAGAAACCUAGCAGCAGUACCGGCGCCCCUUUCCCGUAUGCGCAGCAACAGGCGGCACACACGCAGACGCCCAGCGGCGGCGAGCGCAACAGCCCCGCCAUCCUCUCCGCACCCGAGCCCCCAGCCUCCGCGCAGCCGGCACCGCUGCUGCCCAUGCCUCAGCCAAGCGGCGGCGCUGGCGCCGCCGCUGCUGCUGCGGCCGGCGCCCCAACCGCCGCCGGCGGUGGCGGCGGCGGCGGCCGCCGGUCGUCUGGCUCCGCCGACGGCUCUGUGCCUGUACGCCUAGCGCCGACGCCAGGCGACUUGUUGCAUGGUAGCGGUCUUGCCCAUCAGUCACCCACUGUGGCCGUGGAAACGGUUAUCAAGGCUGAGCCGGAAGCUGAUGCCGAGGCCGAGGAGGAGGCUGCCGCCGCCGCCAAUGCCGCAGCGGCCGCGGCCGCAGCGGCAGCCUUCAACGUCUUUGCUGACAUUGCCGAUGCACAGCUAGACGAGGCAAUGGGCGUCGAGGACGGCGAGGAGACGGAGGAUGGCGGCGCCGGUCCGCGUCAGGAUGAUGAGGGCGACGAGGAGACUGGCACUGAUACGGAUGGGCGGCAGGACCGCAGAGGCGGUUCGGGCAGUCCCCUUGACAUGGUGGCAGCUGCCGCCGCCGCCGCCGCCGAGGCUGAAGCCGAGGCCGAGGCCGCCGCCGAGGCUCGCGUCGCCAGCCGCAUGACCAUCAUCACCGGUGACGGCGGCGACACCGACAAGAUCUGCCAGGUCAGCCUACUUGACGCGCCGCCACUGGUACGACUCAGCGCCCAACACAACGGUGCCACCGCCGAGGCAGCGGCGGCGGCGGCCGCCGCCGCCACCAGCUCCGCUGGCGGCGCUGGCGGCGCCGCCGGCGUCUUCAUGGCGCGGCGGCUGGGCGGCGCCGCCGCCGCCAUGGCAGUGACGGCGGCUGUGGCAGCCGAGGUGACGGCUGCUGCCGGCAGCGGCAGCGCCGGCGGCGGCGCCACCGCCAGUGGCGGCGGCGGCAGCGUCAUCGGCGUGAAGCGGAAGGCUUCGGCGCUGGGACUUGCCCGCACCGCCAGCGGCCUGCUAUCUGGUGGUGCUGGCGGCGGCGGCGGCGGCGGCGCGGUGUCGAGCCCGGCCGCUGCCGGCACCGCCGGUGCUAGCAGUGGCGAGGAGCCCACUGGCGGCGGCGGCUCAGUGGCCGGCGGUGACGGCGCCGACCUGUCCUGCAAGGCCCCCAAGAAGCCCCGCAUCAACUGGAGCCAGGAGCUGCACGCGCGCUUCCUCAACGCCAUGUUCCAACUGGGCAUCAAGAACGCCGUGCCCAAGACCAUACUGCAGCUGAUGAACGUGGAGGGCCUCACUCGCGAGAAUGUGGCCAGCCACCUUCAGAAGUACCGCAUCCUGCUCAAGCGCCACGCCAACCUGCCCGCCAACGCGCCGCUGAACCCGGACAACCUGCGCAAGCUCGAGGUGGUGCAGCAGGCGGUGCAGCAGAGCAUGCAGCAGAGCCUCCUCCCGCCAGGCGCCACGAACGCCGGCGGCGCCGCCGGCGGCCUCAUCAGCGUCGCGGUUGGCGGCGGCCUCGGCGGGACACUGUCGUACCAAGAUCUCAUCAACCAACUAUCGGCUAUGUCCGGACACCACAGCGCCGUUUCGGCGCCGCCGCCAGCGUCCGCCGCCGCCAUCUCCGGGCCUCCAGCCGUGGCGGCGCCGCGGGCUGUCGCAGUGGGCCCGCCGGGCCCGUCCGCGCCGUCGCCAGCUGUUGCGGCGGCUCUGCAGGCCGCCGCUGGUGCGUCUGCGGGGCCGGCUGCGGCGGUGGGUGCGGUGCCGCAGGCGGCGGCGCUGCAGGGGCUGCACCGUGUGGCGGCCGCAGCUGCAGCCAGCGCAGGCGCGUCAGCCUCCAGCGCGGCUAGCCUCCUCGGCAUCACCAGUGGCGGCGGCGGCGGAGCCCCCAGCGCCACAGGCACCAGCGGCGGCAGUCCGGCGGUGUCACUGCCGUUAGCAACGCUGCCACUGCCUGCUUUGGCUGGCGGCCUCAACGGCCUUGGCGGUUUGACGAUUGGCGGCGGUGCCGGCGGCGGCGCCGGCGGCCUCAGCGCCGUCAUUGGCGGGCUUGCCGGUGGGCUGGCGGGACCGUUGGCCGGUCUCACCGGCCCCAACGGUCUCAACGGCCCGUUGGCGGCCGCCGCCGCCGGCCUUGGUGGCCUCGGCGGUCUGCCGGCGGGCCUGUCUGGUGCGCUGGCGGCGGCGGCGGUAUCCGGCUUGCCGGGCGGCCUGGGCCAGGCUGGCGGCGCGCUGGGCGGUCUUGGCGGUCUGAACUUGAAUGUUGGGGCUCUGGGCGGAUUGAACCUGGGUUCUGCACUCGGCAUGGUGGGACCGGGCGUGCUCGCGUCGGCUCUGGUGGCCGCGGGGGCUGCUGGCGGCGGCGGCGGCUCCGCCGGCAUGACCGGGGCGACUGGCAGUGGCGGAGGUGCCCGCGAGGCACCAGGCGGCGGAGGGGCCGCCACACCGCCGCCAGCAGCCGGAGGCACACCUGGUGCUUGAGGCGUGUAGUGCACCAGAGCAGCAGCAUUCGCGUGCUGCGUCAUGCGCCUCCCAUGCCUCAGCAAUCGUCGCCCAAAUUAUGUCAGCUAGCGUCGUGCCGCCGUGUUCUGUGGUCAAUGGACUCCAUCAGGGGAGCGGUUCCAGGGGUGAUGAUUAUCACGCCACCACUUACUUGAUGAGUCUUUUUAGCAGGGCUUCAUUCUGUGUGAGCUUGACCUUUUCCCUUUUAUGCUUUCUUGGGCCCAUCUUUCACGGCUGCCGCCCAUGCCAACCGGCAAAGGCAUUGGCGGUGCGGUGUGAGGUUGACUGAUGGCUUCCCAGCAGCAAUCGAAAAUGGCUGCGCGGGCUAAUGGUGAAGCAAAAGGCGGAGACUUGUGCGCGAGUGUGCGUGAUUGUCAGGGUGGUGUCCUACCUACACUGCAUCGCGGCGUUCCUGCAAGCACGAAAACGCUGCUUGUACAGGCAAAGGAGACGCAGGCCAGUCCUGUGAGACGGUAACAUACGCUAUGGCAUGUGUGCGUGUGCUGUGUGUGCGCGAAAAUUGAGUGUGAGUGUGUCUGCACGAAGUGCUGUGACUCAUGGCGCUAUAAAAGGGCUCGGAUGUGCGAGUUAGCGCCUUGAAGCGUGAGUCGCUGCUGCGCGGGCGCAGUUGGCGCGUCUGGUACCGAUGGACUGCCGCCGGUGCGUGGCGGCCACAUGGGCUUGAGCUUCCAGUGUUUGAGUACAAGGUACAGCGCAAGUUAUUUCGAGGGGCAAGAUGAGCACUGUUAUCCCCGCGCCCGAUUUUCCACGUUGUAGGGGCGGGUGUUUGGAACCCACGUGAGCAGAUGCAUGUAGCUGCGCACAUUGUCGUUGACAGGCAGACCGGAGCGCCUUUGUAGGGUAUAUACGGCAUCGCGAGGGCAUGGCAGCACGCGGCGCAGGGCGCCAGGCGCAGUGCUGGCAUUGCGGACUGCGCUUGUGAACGCUCGUUUGUGCCGUGGGCUUGCCAAUUCGAGGACAGGCGCCGACGCCUCUCGUGUCGGGACCUUUCCGACGCGCGGCGCGCCGCGCAUAUGAAGGGUUUCAUGCAAGCAAGGACGCGAGAUUUGGCUAAGGGCUUAGCGAGUGGGUUGCACCCAGCUGCGCGUGGGGAUUGAGAGGCAAGAGACGGUGUGGCAUCUGGCUGUGCGGCGUUGGAGGCCGUCGAUCAUGGCGGCCACAGUGUGCGCGUGCGCGUGAAGGGUUCGCUGUGCAGUUACGGGGCGAUAUGAAGUACUGCAGGAGUGGAGCGAGAAACCGCACGGAUUGGAGAGAGUGAGAGAGUGAGGCCCCCGGAAGCAAGGACUCGGAGCAAGAACAAUAAUGAGAUCGGGGGCCAGCGGCCGACACGAAAGGUGGGCUUGGUGCGGACUGUGCGCGUGGCGGCAAUGCACAUGGCAAGAUUGCACGUGAGCUGCCUGAAGUGUGCGCACAGAAGCCGCUCGAUGUAAGCCCGAGGGCCGUGAGAGUUUGGAUUUGAGUGCGGGAGUGCUACACUACAAGCCGGUCAUUUGGUUGCAGACUAAACAUUGGUGUCAUGCUUGCAUGUGAUGAUGGGGCGGCACGGCAACGGCAGGACGCAGCGCGUCACCCGUGCCCGGUGGCGUGUGCAGAAUGAGGUCGGGGCGCGAGAGGCCUGUCAAUUGCAGGCUCUGCGGCGCGCCCCCUGCGCCUGUUCGCGGUCUGCGUACUACACCCGACGAGCUUGUGCAUGGUAGCGGCAAAUAUGGUAACGGUCCCCAGGCCUGUGCGAGCCAGUGGGGGCCGCUGAAUGCCAUGCAAGAGUGUGCAAAUAUCCAUAGCUUGAUGAAGGCAUAAGCAGUGCAUGCGUUGCAGUUGCAAGUGCUGAGAGCAGGUCAGGCGCAAGCGCAUGUGUUGAUGGUUACUUGAGCCCACGGCGUGUCAGGGCUGGCCACUGGACCUGUGGUUGUGUGAGCGUGUGCACGUGGGUGCUAGCGGGACAACAAAAGCCGUGCCGUGCAGUGCUGAAAAGGCCAUAGAAACCCAAUGCCGGCGAUUAUCAUGGACUUCGUGCGGGGUGAGCAUUGGGUACAGUGAGUGUCCUAGGAUAGUUGGGAGAGCGUGCGGUAGUAGACGCGUAGGGACUGCUGGGGAUGGAUGCAGGCCAGACAUCGUGCUGAUCUGUGAUAGAUCGGAAGUGGCCUGCGUCCCGCGCUUCCCGCACCCUGCAGUGGAUAGAAACAUGCGUGUGUGUGUGUGUGUGUGUGUGUGUGUGUGUGUGUGUGUGUGUGUGUGUGUGUGUGUGUGUGUGCGUGUGUUGGUGGCUAUGGAGCAGCCGGUGCGGGUACCCGUGUGACGUGGGGCGUGCGGAGACUGACAGGUGACCUUCACCUGGGGCUGCAGGGGCGGUCCUGGGUCCCCGUGUAGCGGCAGGCAUGCCUAAUGUCUGUCUCCAUGACACUAUUGAUUGGGAUGCUCAAGGCUGGGGGAAUCGAGAGCCUCCAGUACUAAUUGGGACAGGUCACUUGCAUUGGUCAUUCUUCCUACGUGGCCGUGCCUGAGACGGCAGCUUGUAACAGUACAUUUGA